AUGAACACUGACGUAUUUCGAAACUUCACUGCGGUCGAAUUCAACAACCGACCCAGCAUCUCUUGGCAGUUGGAAUGUCCGCCCCUCAAACUGGCGCAGAAACGCUCAGUAAUCCUCGUCGGUAGCCAACUUCACCAUCGCCCUAUGGGUAGUCAAUACCUCCACCCCAAAAAUAGCAGCCACAUCCAGACCCAGCACAUGACACAGCAUCAGUUCCACAGUAGGGUAGUUCACCUUGCUGGAAAACUCCAGGCCAACAGACUCAGACCGCAACACGGGAGUAAUGGGCCCCUCAUCACACAGCACCCGCGGGGCACAAGGCCGCAACCAACCACCACGUCAACAACCAGCCACACCAACAACACAGCAGGCAGGAGUGACCAGACACGUCUGCUCACCACGUCAACAACCAGCCACACCAAGAACACAGCAGGCAGGAGUGACCAGACACGUCUGCUCACCACGUCAACAACCAGCCACACCAAGAACACAGCAGGCAGGAGUGACCAGACACGUCUGCUCACCACGUCAACAACCAGCCACACCAAGAACACAGCAGGCAGGAGUGACCAGACACGUCUGCUCACCACGUCAACAACCAGCCACACCAACAACACAGCAGGCAGGAGUGACCAGACACGUCUGCUCACUGUGGCUGUCACCACCUGA